AUGGUUGAAUGGUUGGUAAUUGUUUACGAUAAGCCUGAGGCUGAUCGUCUUUCCUGUCGUCAGCAACACAUUGCUGCGGUUCCAAAUCACAUUGAGACUGGGAAGAUCACCAACGUCGGGGCUAUCUACAAAGACGUCGAUGAGGCUGGGACUCCCAAAGAGUUUAUUGGAAGCACAUAUAACAUAAUUGCUGACAGCAGAGAAGAAAUUUUGGAGUUUUUGAAGAAGGAUAUAUACUACAAAAAUGGUAUCUGGGACUUGGACAGCGUUGUGAUGCACCCAUAUGGAUGCUUCCACAGAGUCUCCAAAAAAUGA